UCUUGUAGUGCUUGUGGUUCAUUGUGUUUGCGUUGGAAACUAGAAUGAUUGUGUCUCAAUUGGCACUUGAGAAAUAAAUUUUUCAAGGAUAAAUUAUAUGUUUGUCGAACUUUCCGACGAUAUCCUAGCAAAGAUAUUUGGUUUUCUUGACGCAAGUGACGUUCUUCAGUGUAGUUUAGUGUGCAAAUCCUGGUAUCGGGUAGCUUUUGGAAAUCAAAUAUGGUAUGACCUUUGUGAACGUUACUUUUUACCAAAAUCUCUUAAGAGUCUAUUGACGAAACUGGAAGAAAACGCUAUUUCAAUAUCUAAAAGUCGUUGUUCAGAGUCAGCCAAUCUAGGAUCCUGGGAGUUUGGGUUUGUUCAAUCAAGCAGACAAACGCUAGGAUAUGAAUCAACGGAUAGUGAAGGUUCAGAUUCUUCUACAGCAGCAGAACCUUCAACUAUAUUAUGUGGCACUAAAUCAUGUUGUUGUCAUGGAAGAAAGAGGCUUGCUGUCCUUAUCACACACUUUAUAAAUGAUGCCGAAGAUUCCUAUAACAAAUAUUCACUAUUCAAGGAAUUCUGUCUUUAUUUCUCUCGAGGUUCAAAUUAUGUAAGUCGUAUUGUUAAAGUCUUGGAUACUUUAGAGACGUUUUGUCGAAGAGCAAACUUGGCUGCAGCACGUACUUUACUUCCUGGUGUUGAUGACAACUGCAUAGUGGAACACGUUGGAAACGAGUUGCCUGCUGACUUGUACUGCCUCUAUCGUUUGUGCAGCGGUCAAUAUAUUCCUUCAGAUUAUUCACAGUUUCAAGGCAUCCUAGGAGGAUAUUUGUUUUAUGAUGUGCUAGUAGAUUGCAAUCUUUCUUCUGUUUGUAGCAUGCAAGUUUCUGAGCUAGGAAAUCGUCGAAUACUCAAGAUUGGACAAGACAUGUUUUGGUAUAAUAAUCGAGGAAGCCAAGGUCUUUUCAUUGAUUUAGAAACAAAACAUGUCAUUGAGCUUACACAGAAUCAUUAUGUUAUCGCUUCAAAUGACAUCGUAACGUAUCUAGAGAAGUAUGUAAAUGAUUUAUCCAGUAACAGUCUUAUGGUUGAUCGAAAUACCAAACAAAUAUUACGUUUUUGUCUUUGUCCAACGUAUUCAGGCUACUCAGAUGUUGUAACAGGAUAUAUCCGCAUUCAAGCAACUUGCCUGUUUGUUCCAGGAAUAAGCAAAUUCUCCCAUUUUCAAGAACAAGAUGAAUUUGUAUUUGCUUAUCGAAUUCGAAUCUCUAUGUUAUCGUCCGCUCCUUCACAUUAUAUGUUUCGUUUGGAACAACGACAUUGGAUAGUAACGGAUACGGAUGGGCAUGUGGAGAAUAUCCGUGGUCCAGGAGUGAUAGGAGAGCAUCCCAUUUUCCAUCCUGGGAGUGUUUUUGAUUAUGCCUCUUGUGCACCGCUCAGAGGACCUGUUGGAAAGAUGAAGGGUUCCUUUACUUUUCGUCCUUUGCACCAUGAACCUGGUUCAGAGAUUGCAGCACCCUUCAUUGCACAAGUUGGAGAGUUGCAUCUAAACAUUUUUGAACGCUAUCGUUUUCCUCCAGAUUCACCUGAAAGAUAUCUGCAACUUCAAAAAAGGUGGGAGAGAGACAAGAGUUUUUGAUAUGAGGAUAUGCAGUGGAAUUCUGUCAGUCAUUAUUGUGUUGAGCAUUUUGAAGUAAAUGCUCUCUAACGGCACCUACAAAAUAUUGUAGACAGUGAUGUAAACUGACAUAAUAAUAUUUCCUGAAUACUUUCUCUCGGAUUUUUGCAAUAGUGACAAGAGUCAGUUUGUCUUCCAGAGAAGCAAGGGAAUAUAGGUUUGUUUUUCCGUUAUUUGAAGCUGUUGAUGAAAUUUGUUUUAAAAUUACGGCUACAUAUAUCGACAACUGUUCCAAAGAGAUGGCAAAAAGCAUAUUGUUUUUAGCCAAAGCUGCUCGCCAGCUGGUUUGAAUCUUGACUGCUGCAAUUUGUCUCAUUACCUCCUGUAUGUCGUCAUUUGUUCGAUGAAUUCUACAAAUACAUUGUUUCAAGUGAUAAUUUUUGUGUCCAGAUGGAGUUGUAUACAUUCGAGGUAUUUUCCUUAGGCAUUGUUUUCUUCCUUGUUUGUUUGAUGAACAAAAACACUGGAAGACAAGUUUGAUGUGUCGAAGACUGAAAUGCUCGGCCAAGAUGAGAACCAUUA